GCUCCCCCCUCUAAAUAUUUACACGUGUCUUUGUCUGCAGGUUUCACCAAAGUUAAAAGAUCACACCUCUGCUGUUGUGCUCAUGAUUUCAGUAAGCAUGUGGCUCUGCAAGCUAUGAAACGUGUUCAUGCAGGCCAGAAGGUUGUCAUGUCAUCAUCAUUAGUUGGUGGAGAUGUUUGAUGCGUCUUCUCAAGAAAACAAAAGAAAGCCCUUGGUGAGAGUGCUAAUAAAGUUUAAAUAAAAAUUAUAAAAAUAGCAAACUGAAACCUACACAAUCUUAACCCUUUAUAGGGCACUCAUUGAAGUAUUUAAUUUAAUUUUUUAUUUCAACCCCAGGGUGUUGUAGUCCAUAACCAAAGUGUAUUUCUGAGAGAUUUCACCUAAAAUAUUCAUAAUUCAUUUUCCUUAUUCAGGGUGUAUGUUCAACUAUGGCUAAUUUGAUUUUCAUGCUAAGAUUUCACCAACUUCAUUGAGUUUAACAUUAACAACACAUGUGUCCUUAUUUAGCACAACUAGUCAACCUGGUGAUGUGAGAGUUGCCCUCUUCCUGUAGAAUGAGCCCUGGCAUUUUUACUAUGAUUGCCUGUUUUUCUGUAAAAUCACAGAAAAAGAGAGUUGCUUGGGUCGAGCAGGCUGCUUCAUGCGCGUUCACGCUCAGGCAUAGCCCUCCAAACCGUUCUCAAGUGGUACAGAUACAAGUGACAUCACUGGCGCAUUAGCUUGCCUGGUAAGAUGUCCGACUUUCGUGCAGAAGACCUGGAUUUGAUUCUGGAUGUGAACAUAGUUUAUUUGAAGUUUCCUUUUUACAUUAAUGGUAUUUUUUUAAUAGAAAGACGCCCAAAUUUUUAUUUGAGACUCGCCGAACGGCAUUGAAUUCACAGAUAAAAAAGAUGUGGGUUCAACUUUCAUUUUGGAACAAUUUUUCAAGCAAGGGAAGGGAAUGAUCUGAGCAUGCAGGAGGACUGACCCAUCAUAAACCUUUGUCGGCUGUGCUGAAGAGAAAGGUACAGAACCCAAUUAUUUAAUCAAUUAGCUGUGCAUUCUCCUGUCCUCUGUCCUCCGGGAUCCACACACACACACACAGAGCUGACUGUCUCAGCUGUUAUUUUCGUUAAGGAGUGUGCACGUACAGCAUGCGCAUCUCGUGCACGAGCCUACUAUUGAGGCUGCCGUUACGCUUUUGGCCUGAGGGGGCAAUCGCGAGCAUAAAAAUUCUAAACUCUGUAAAGUCCCUUUAAAUAAGAGGUGUGAAAACUAGCUACAUGCAAAAUAAAGAAUGGUAAAAUUGUUUGCAAGAAAUAAGACAAUUUACAGAAUCAGGUUCUAUUUAGAUAUCUACAGAUGAGACUAUCACAGUAAAUAAAUCCAAUCAUUUAAUGCAAUUAGCCAAUAAUGAGGCUUGCCCAGAGGUAGAUGGAAUAAAACACACGGAAAGUUUGACAUACAGGAUUAGGAAGCUGACUAGGAGAUGUUUUUUUACAAGGUCUUUAUUGAUUUUCUGAACAAUUUUCUGCAAUACAUAAACACUGAACGAACAGGGUAAGUCUCUGACGAGAGGAAUGAAAGGACAUAGAAACGGUUACAGUUUUGACUGCAGGCCAUGUUCUUGUUUUAUGUUGCUUUAGAUGUUUGUUUAAUGAAAAUAAAAUAAAUGCAAAAAUUAAAUAGCCAUAAAAACGAGGAGUUUUAAUUAGCAGCUAAGAUAUUUAUGUCAAACAAAUGUAAGGAUUUGAACAGCAGUGGUAAAAGCUGUGCAAGUCAAGUGAAAUGACCAAUGACUACAACUCCCAGCAUCCGGUGCGGCACGCCUUUGCUCUUGCCGUACUCAACCCUUUUCCCUUCAGACAACACGCACGUCCCUGACAUUCUAACUUUUCACUGCCACCGUUUUACUAUGAGACUGCUGCUUCUGUAAACCCUUUAAAACGACUCUGGAGUCUCUAGCUAAUGGAAGAACUGCAGUGGUAACCCAGGUGUUAUGAAUGACUAUGAGGUCAUUCGGCAGAUUGGAGAAGGUGCGUUUGGGAGAGCCUUACUGGUGAGAGACAAGAGAGCAGCUGGAGAUGGGCUGUGUGUGGUCAAACACAUCAGCUUCAGGAAGAUGUCAACGAGAGAAAAAGAAGCCUCCAAGAAGGAGGUGACGCUGCUGUCGAAGAUGAAACACCCCAACAUUGUUUCUUUCAUUGCAUCGUUUCAAGAGAGAGGCAACCUGUAUAUAGUGAUGGAGUUCUGUGAUGGAGGAGAUCUGAUGAAGAAGAUCAACAUGCAGAGGGGGCUUCUGUUCUCAGAGGAUCAGGUGGUGGACUGGUUUGUUCAGAUCUGCCUGGGUCUCAAACACAUCCAUGACAGAAAGAUUCUACAUAGAGACAUUAAAGCUCAGAACAUCUUCCUAACCAGCGGAGGGAGGAAAGCAAAGUUGGGAGAUUUUGGAAUUGCAAGAAUGCUGAACAACACCAUGGAGAUGGCGAGGACUUGUGUUGGGACACCGUACUACCUCUCACCUGAGAUCUGUGAGAAUCGACCUUACAACAACAAGACGGAUAUCUGGGGUCUGGGUUGUGUUCUGUAUGAGCUCUGCUGCCUGAGGCACCCAUUUGAGGGAAGCAGCCUACGGCAGCUGGUCAGUAAAAUCUGUAGGGGGCACUUCCCACCAGUGUCUGUCCAGUACUCCCACAGCCUCCGCCAACUGGUCACCCAACUCUUCAAGACCAACCCUCGGGACCGGCCCUCAGUCAGCUCCGUCCUCCGGCGUCCUUUCCUGGAGAAACACAUCAGCAAACACGUAAGCACUCAGGUGAUGCAGGAGGAGUACAACGACCUAGUUUCGCCUCAGAAAAGAGCAGCUGCUGCUGCACCAAAGGAAGCUAAAACAGGACGAAAAGCAGCAGAGAAGACCCAGAAAGCCAGAGGAGCAGGGAGGCCUGGAGGAGCUGACGGGAGCCCGUCUGCUAAACCAGCCUGGAGGGUACCAUUCAGAGCCAACUCCCCAGUCCUCCUCAGACCUCCUCCUCAGAGAGUUGGCCGGUCAGCUGCAGACAGAAGGCUCGCGGGGAAUCAAAACUAUGGGGUCAUGGAGCAGGAGCCUGUCAAUCAUUAUCAGCACUACCACGCUCAGCUGGAUGCCUGUCAGAGGAGGACGGACCCUCCUCCUCCUGUUCCACCUCCUGCUGCUCCCCAGGAGAGAGUAAAGGAUGUGAUGCUGGGAUGUGAGGACCAGCUGGGUCCUCCUAUAGAACCAUACCAGCUUGUGGCUGCAGCUCGUAAUGAAUACCUGCAGAGGAGACAGGAGGCUAACCAGUACAAGCUGAGAGCAGAGAAACAGCUGGGUUUGCGUCCAUGCACAGCUGAGUCCAACAGGAAGCCUGGUGGUCCAGAUGAGGAGGUGGGACCACCCGAAAACCAGCAUCCCCUCCAGGACAGAAGACAUGAGGGACAGCAGGAGUAUCUACGUCAGCUGGAUGUCAUCAGACAGCAGUACCACCUGGAGAUGAGACAGAUGAGACCGAGAGCUGAAACAGAGACUCAUCCAAAACAGAAACAUGAGACGUUUGUUGUGGAGGAACCCAGAGAGCUGGAACCUUCUGCAGAGCCACAGAAAGCAGCUCCUGCAGAGGACAUGGAAGCGGCUCUGAUGCAGAUCAGAGAUCAGAGGAAGGAACUGCAGAAAAAACUCAAAGAUAAGAAGGGAAUCACAUUUGAGAUUCCUCUAAAUGAUGCUGCAGAGGGGAGUAAAAAGGAGGAUGUAGACCUUCUGAAUCAGACUCUCAGCUUUAAGGAGGGAGAAGAGUUGAAGCUGAGGGAUUGGUCAAAGGAGAGGAAGGUGUGGAGCCAGAGGACACCCCAGACUCUGCUGGACGCUCUGGACAACAUGGACUCCGUUUACAGCACAGUGGCUGAGGCUGAAGGAGAGGAUGACUCAGCAGAUCGCCGCCAGUGGGCCAGCGGCCCCCCCAACACCAUACUGAACCUUCUGGCUCAGGCUGAGCUCACGUCAUCAACGCUGGACUCAGAUUUAGACCCAGAGGAGGACAAAACCAAUAAAGAAGAGGACGUGGAUGAAGAACGUCUGGAGCCCAGAUCUGAUGACGAUGACACGAACUUUGAGGAAUCUGAGGAUGAACUUAGGGAAGCAGUGGCAGACUCGAUGAGGAACCUUUACGUCAUGGAGGACUCUGGCUCAGAGGAAAACCUGCAGGAGACAACCGAGGAGGCAGAGGGGGGUUGUGGAGGUGCAGCAAGUCAACCAAGUCAAGACGUCUCAUCGGGAUCUGAGGCGGUUGUUCCCUCCAACCCCGAGGGUCCAGGCGAGCCUAGGCUGACAUCUGAGUGAUCAUUUAUUCUGAAUUAUGAUGUCAUCAAACACAUUCAUGUUGCUGAAUCAACUGCUUCAAAACGUAUGGCGUUAAUUUAGUCGGCUGUUGCUCUAAGUAUUUCAGACCUCCAUCAGAUGUUGUUGCUGUUCAUUAAAUGUAAAAUCUGGUCUGUUUGAA